AUGUCCCCAACCUCAGAUACAGACCCGGCCGGUCACGGGUCAUCAUCCUCACCAGCAUCAACCACCGCCACGCAGCAUCAUGCUGACGCAAUGUCGGAAAAAGCAGCAAAAACAUCGUCACAUGCUUAUACGCAAUCUCACCCCGACAUCCUCUCCACAGACAAGGAAAAGACACGGCACUCGGCCCUAUCACAACAUGAAGAUGAUACAGAUGUCGAAGCAUCUAUGUCCAAAGCUGGCAUGUCAUGCAAGACAGAGCACGAUCUCGGUCAGGCCGUAUUGAAAGCGCAAGGCGAAGAUGCACAGAUCUUCUUCCCAGAGGGCGGCUUCAAGGCUUGGCUCUGCGUCUUUGGUGGCUGGUGGUGCACCUUCAUCACCUUUGGCUAUCUCAACGCCUACGGUAUCUUCCAAGACUACUAUCAGCAGACCACCCUCUCGCAUAAAACUCAGAGCCAGAUUUCGUGGAUUGGUGCCUUUCAGUACUUUCUCAUGUUCGCUCCCGCCGUUGUCGCCGGCAGACUCUUCGAUCUGGGCUUCUUCCGCCCCCUGUUCGCGGUCGGCUGCGUGCUGCUCGUCUUCUCUCAGAUGAUGCUCAGUCUAUGCACCGACUACUAUCAACUCUUCCUCGCGCAAGGUCUCGGACUCGGCCUCGGUUUUGGUCUUGUGUUCAAUCUAGCCAUCAACUGCCCUGCUCAUUACUUCAAUCGUCGUCGUGGCCUAGCAUUGGGCCUUGUCGCUUCCGGCUCGUCGACCGGCGGUAUCGUCUUCCCAAUCUUGGUGCGAAGAUUGAUCCCAAUGAUCGGCUAUGCAUGGACGAUGCGAGUCGUCGGCUUCUUCGCUCUUUUCGCUACCACUCUUGCAUGGUUCUCGCUAUCUACCCGCCUGUCACCCUCGAUCGAUGUGCGCGACAAGUCCAAAGGUGGCUGGAAGCAAGUUCAAUGGUUCCAAUUCUCCGCUUUCCGUAAGCCAGCCUACACGUUUUUCGUGAUGGGCGCUUCCCUUCUCAUGUUUGGCCUCUACUUCCCUCUUUCCUACAUGGACGUCUGGUCAUCAACCAACAAUGUGCCCGCCAAUGGAUACUAUCUGCCCAUCCUCAACGCUGCUUCAUCCUUCGGCCGAAUCCUGCCUGGUCUCGUGGCAGACAAACUUGGCCGCAUCAAUACUGUCCUGCCUCAUCUUGCAGUCUCAGGGAUUCUCAUCUUCAUCUUUCCUCUGUGCACCAGUCUGGCUGGCCUGGUCACAUUUGCUAUUCUCUACGGUUUCACUUCGGGUUGCUACGUAUCACUUAUUCCUGCCUGCUCAUCUCAACUUGGCAGCACAAGCACUGUCGGCACGAGGAACGGCAUGAUGUUCUUCCUCAUGUCCUUUGGUGGUCUCUUCGGUCUGCCUAUCGCAGGUGCUAUUCUCGGAGACUUGACCAACCCCAACUGGUGGGGAACGGCAGCUUACUGUGGUGUCAUGGUCGUCCUUGGCACAUGUUGCAUCGCAGCCGCAAAAUGGUUCGCCACAGGUAGCAUCAAGGGCAAGAUUUGA